AUGCAGAGCAUAGGUAACACAAUUGGUGAUGAUCAAAAUGGGGAAAAGGUGAGGUGCCCCUCGUCGUUAGUGACAAAUUUGAAAAUUCCCCAAGGAGCCAAAAAUGAAACGAUAAACGAACGGAACAUGAUGCCGGACAUACCCAACUACUCCCUGACCGAAGAGUCCGAGUGCCCACUGAAAAAAAAGAGAGACGUGUCCUCCAUACCCAAAAACAACAAAGAGAACUGGCUCUACCCCUCUCCACAGCAGUUUUACAAUUCCCUAAUAAGAAAAAAUAAACACAUUGACAAAAAUUACAUUGACGCUGUGGUGAUGGUGCACAACGAAGUUAAUGAAGAGUCCUGGAAGCACAUCAUGAAAUAUGAAUACCUGCACAGGAGCAAAUGCAGCGAAGUCACUCUACAACGAUUCCUUGGUAAAUUUGACGACCUUUCCAUGAAGGCCAAAUUCAGGAGUAUUUUCUCCAACCUAGGCAGACCAUUCGACCGACACGACUGGUAUGUGAACAGGUGCGGUAAGGAGGUCAAGUAUAUAUUGGACUACUACAACGAUGAGUCUAUACAGGACGAUAAGAAUAUUUACAUUGACGUGAGGCCUGCCCUGAACAGCUUCUCAAACAUCUGGGAUAGAAUACGUUACCCAUUUUAUGAAUUUUACUUUAAGCAUGUAAAGCGGUACGAGUUGUUUAGGUGA